UUAAAAUUUUGAUAUUGCAUUGAGCUCACAUAGUCAAUGCUCUUCCAACACAACAACGUUGGGUUAUUCCAGUUUAUUUCCCGCCAUUUUCUUUCAAAGCCACACUUUUUCUCAACCAUCUCUAGCAGCCCCAGGCUGAACAAGACAUCAUGCAUUCAAUAUCUGAAGAGCUGCGAAUCCAUGACCCAUCUCAAACAAAUCCAGACCCAGAUCUUCCGGGUCGGGCUCCACCAAAACCACGACACCCUUAAUAAGCUAAUGGUCUUUUGCACAGACCCAUAUCUUGGGAACUUGCACUACGCUGAGAAAAUCUUCAGUUAUAUCCAAAACCCGAGCUUGUUCAUAUACAACGUGUUGAUCAAAGCAUUUGCAAAGAAGGGUAGCUUUAGAAAAGCCAUUUGGGUCUUUGGGCAAUUGAGAAAUCAUGGUCUUUGGCCCGAUAAUUUUACGUACCCAUAUGUUUUCAAGGCGAUUGGGUGCUUAGGUGAGGCUUGGGAGGGUGCUAAGGUUCAUGGGUUUGUGUUGAAGACUGGGCUUGAAUUUGAUACCUAUGUUUGUAACUCGCUUAUGGACAUGUAUGCUGAACUGGGCAUGGUUGAGAAUUUCAAGAAGCUGUUCGAUGAAAUGCCUGAGAGAGACAGGGUGUCUUGGAACGUUAUGAUUUCUGGCUAUGUUAGGCGCAGGAGGUUUGAGGAUGCUGUGAAUGUUUACCAGCAAAUGCGAAGGGAGAGCAGUGAGAAGCCUGAUGAAGCCACAGUUGUAAGCACUCUGUCAGCUUGUACAGCAUUGAAAAAUUUGGAGCUUGGUAAGAAAAUUCACGGUUAUGUUGCAAAUGAGCUUGGAUUUACUACUGUCAUUGGGAAUGCUUUGUUAGACAUGUAUGCUAAGUGUGGCUGUUUAAGUGUAGCCCGGCAAAUUUUUGAUGAGAUGCAUACAAAGAAUGUGAUUUGUUGGACCAGUAUGGUGUCUGGGUAUGUGAACUGUGGUCAGCUGGAUGAAGCUAGAGAGUUGUUUGAGAAGAGUCCCACUCGGGAUAUAGUUCUUUGGACAGCUAUGAUCAAUGGGUAUGUGCAGUUUAACCGUUUUGAUGAGGCAGUGGCUCUAUUUCGAGAGAUGCAAAUUAGAAGGGUUAAACCAGAUAAAUUCACUGUGGUUGCUCUCCUCACAGGUUGUGCUCAGUUGGGAGCUCUAGAGCAAGGAAAAUGGAUUCAUGGAUACAUAGAUGAGAAUAGAAUUUCGGUGGAUACAGUUGUUGGCACUGCUCUUAUAGAAAUGUAUGCAAAAUGUGGGUGUGUGGAGAAGUCUUUGGACAUUUUCUAUGAGUUAAAGGAAAAAGAUACAGCCUCUUGGACUUCGAUCAUUUGUGCGCUUGCCAUGAAUGGUAAGACAAGCAAAGCACUUGAGUUGUUCUUAGAGAUGAAACAAGCUGGAGUCUCACCUGAUGAUAUCACAUUUAUUGGUGUUUUAAGCGCUUGUGGUCAUGGAGGUUUGGUUGAGGAAGGCCGCCAGUUUUUUAAUUCUAUGACAAAGCAGUAUAAGAUUGAGCCGAAACUAGAACACUAUGGGUGUCUUAUUGACCUUCUUGGUCGAGCUGGAAAGUUGGACGAAGCAGAGAAAUUGAUAGAAGAAGUCCCUAAAGAAAAUAAUGAGAUUGUAGUUCCACUUUACGGUUCUUUGCUUAGUGCUUGUAGAAUCCAUGGCAAUGUUGAGAUGGGUGAACGGGUGGCUGAGCGGCUGGUGAAAAUUGAGUCAAGUGAUUCCAGUAUUCAUACACUCCUUGCCAAUAUUUAUGCUUCCGCUGACAGAUGGGAAGAUGUAACAAAAGUGAGAAGGAAAAUGAAAGAUCUUGGAGUCAAAAAGGUGCCUGGAUGUAGUUCAAUUGAGGUUAAUGGGAUUGUCCAUGAGUUUGUUGUUGGAGAUCCAUCUCAUUCAGAAAUGAGAGAAAUAUAUUCUAUGUUAGAUAGAAUGGCAAGACCUUUGUUGGAUUCAGAAGAGAGUGAGAUUGAAAGAGAAAUCCUGGUUCCAGUUUGUUGGUGAGGAACAAAGCUGCAUUUUCAUAAUUUUGGAAGCCACAGUGGAACUAUGAAAAAAAAGUUUUAAGACAAUUUGCAGUUUGCUCAACAAUAAACAUUAUUUAAUGGGAAAUUCUAAAGGAGUGGUACAGGUGCUUAGUCUUAACAACUUGUCAGGACUCGUGACCAGAGUCUGUCAUUAUUCAUAUGGAUAUAAAAAGAAUCCAUUUAUGUUAAUAAUUACAUCUAGACAUCAAGAGGAAAGGUUCUGACAAGACACUAGCGUAUUCAUUAUAGAAACCCUGCUCUACUUACCAGAUUUUUGGUCAUGUUGGCUUUGGGUCUAUGCAUAUUGAUGUCAAUAGUUCAUCAAAUUUUGUUUACUUAAACUACUACAGGGGUGAGAAAUUUUUCUGUAGUUUAUUGUAGAAAAGUGUGGGUUUAUGGGCGUAAAUGUUGUAUUUCAUACUACAAUAUUAUCUCUUCUACAAUUUUGUUUGCAGAAUAACUUCAAUAUCUAAUCAAAAAAGUGUGAUGGGAUCAGAUAUUUUGGUUCCCAUGUAUAGAGAAUUUGUUUUUCAAAUUGCUUGCUCUCCAUAAAGUCCAAUAUUUUAAGCAUAAUACAAAACCAAAAAACUGCAAUGUUCUCCAUAAAAACCAUUCUCGGUGCAUUAAUGGUUGAACCAUUAAUGGAUAUGUGAUUUUGAUUCCAGCAAAUGAUAUAAUAAUGAUUUGAUUAUUGUGCAGUAUGGACUAUUUGGUGUGCAGUUUGACAGUCUUUGUGCUUAUGCAUAAAUGGUGCUGGAUUUUAGCAGGAGCAUCUUCGCCACUUGCAGGAUGCCCUACAAUGCAAAGACUAACAGAGUCUACGCAUUGAGAGUAGAGGGAGAGAAACAUGGCAAUUUUUCAUGUUGUAAAGGAUGGGAAAUUAUUUUUUUAGUAGGAUGAGGCGUAAAGAAGAGAGGGAAAUGGAAUGGUGCUGCUUUCAUCUGUAAAAAUAAGGAAGGAAGAAGGGUUAUGAUGGGCUGUUUUAGUGGGACCGUAAAGCUGAAACAGGAAGCUAUAUGAAUAGGGAUUAGAGAGGCAUUGCUGGCUGCUUAGGAUAAGGAAUUCCCAGAAAUAAUUUUGGUAGCAGAAAAGGAAUUAGUUAAUCUUGUGCAGGGGUAGAAGCAAGCAGAUUGGAGACUGAGGAGUAUAUCACUAUUUUGCAGGAUAUGGAAGCAUUGAGUAGCUUUACUAAUGUCUGGUUCAAGCACUUUGGAAGAAGAAUAGUUCAGGAGGUGGACCAGCUGGCUAUGGUAGUUGUAAAUUUGACUUGGGACUGUAUGUAGCUUAUUGGAUUAGAGUGGAUAUAGUAGUAUUUGUAGUAGGGUGUUGAUUUAGUUGUAUCUUA